CCGCGAUUAUUUAGACAAAAGAGAAGAACUAAGACAAGCAAGAGAAGAAAGAUACAAAUACUUGGAGAGGUUGGCAGCGGAGGAGUAUGAGAAGGAGCUGAAGAGUCGGAUCGUGAGCCGAGGCAGAAGUGAGCUGUCCUUGAACCUGAGAUCUCCUUCAGCCCCAUCCUCACCUGUACCCAAGUGUGUCAGCCCAGCGUCCAUAGAGUCCCAGGAAGAGCUGAAGACCCCUUCCACCCCUUGUGGGACCCCUCAGCCCUCAGAAGUGAGUGCCAGUGAACCCGAACCAGAAACAGAGACAGAACCAGAACCAGAGCAGGAGGCUGAGGCCAAGCAGGGAACGGAGACACCCAAGGAAAUAGAGGCUACAGAGGUGGGACCAGAGAGUGAGGUGGAGCAAGGACCAGAAAGAGAGCCAGAAGAAGGUGCAAUACUCAGUGAAAAAGAGAGGCAGAAUGAGGAAGUGAAUGAAAAAGACAACUGCUCUGCAUCCAGCAUAUCCUCAGCAAGCAGCACUUUAGAGAGGGAAGAGAGAGAGGACAAGUUAACCAGUGACAAUGAAACUGGUCCAUGGUCACAGACCAUUCAGGAUGCUGGUGUGAAUGAGCAGUGCAGCAACAUCCUCAACAACAAGCGGUUUAUGCUGGACAUGUUGUAUGCGCAUAACAAAAAGCCCAAGGAUGAAGAGGAGAAGGAGCUGGAGGCGAAGGAGGAAAAGAAGGAGACGGAGGAAAGCGAGGAGUCACUAACUAGCCUAGCCAGUAGGAUCUCUAUCCUUCAGGCCACGAAGCAGGCCCAAGAUGAAAGUGUCAAAAAGAUGGAGAUUGGAAAUCUGGACAACCAAGGCAGCGUGAAAGCCUUUGCGGAAAAAUUCAACAGUGGUGAGCUAGCCAAGGGGACAGCCGUGCCUGAAGAUGAAAUCAGUGAACAGGUCCCCGAGAAAACACCAGCACAGCCAAAGAAGGAAUCUGACUACAUCUGGGAUCAGCUCAUGGCUAAUCCUAGAGAACUUAAAAUCAAAGACAUGGAUUUUACAGACUUGGGGGAGGAGGAUGAUGUAGAUGUGUUGGACAUGGAUAUGGGUCCUGGGGACUCCCUUGUUCCCCCUCCUCCGCCUCCACCUUCUUUUCUGGGCUUGCCUCCUCCACCACCUCCCCCGCUGUUUGGAUGUCCGCCUCCACCUCCACCCUCUGCUAAUUUAUUGGCUCCUCCUCCGCUGUUCAGCACUCCUCAGGGUUUAGGGUCACCCCAGGUUUCUAGGGGUCAGCCAGCAUUUAUAAAGAAGAAGAAAACCAUCCGUCUGUUUUGGAAUGAGGUACGGCCAUUUGAGUGGCAGUGUAAAAACAACAAACGCUGCAGAGAAUUCCUGUGGUCGAAACUGGAACCCAUUAAGGUGGACACGUCCAAACUGGAGCAUCUCUUUGAGUCUAAGUCCAAGGAACUGCCUGUCACAAAGAAAACUGCUGCAGAUGGGAAGCGACAGGAGAUCAUUGUAUUGGACUCAAAACGAAGCAACGCUAUUAAUAUUGGCUUGACUGUAUUGCCUCCUCCCCGGACUAUCAAGACUGCUAUUUUGAACUUUGACGAAUAUGCCUUAAACAAGGAAGGAAUAGAGAAAAUCCUGACCAUGAUCCCGACCGAGGAGGAGAAGCAAAAGAUCCAGGAGGCACAGCUGGCGAACCCUGAUGUGCCCCUGGGCAGCGCCGAGCAGUUCCUUCUCACCCUCUCCUCCAUCAGUGAACUCUCUGCUAGGCUCCAGCUCUGGGCUUUCAAGAUGGACUAUGAGAUAGUGGAAAAGGAAGUUGCAGAACCACUUCUAGACCUGAAGGAAGGAAUGGACCAACUGGAGCACAAUAAAACUUUGGGAUUUAUCCUUUCUACUCUACUAGCCAUCGGGAACUUUCUGAAUGGAACCAACGCCAAAGCUUUUGAGUUGAGCUACCUCGAGAAGGUUCCAGAAGUCAAGGACACAGUGCACAAGCAGUCCCUCCUGCACCAUGUCUGCACUAUGGUGGUUGAAAAGUUCCCAGACAGCACUGAUCUUUAUUCAGAGAUCGGGGCCAUCACUAGAUCAGCCAAGGUUGACUUUGAACAACUUCAGGAAAACUUGUGUCAGAUGGAAAGACGGUGCAAAGCAUCAUGGGAUCACCUUAAGGCUAUAGCAAAGCAUGAAAUGAAACCAACUUUAAAACAAAAAAUGUCUGAGUUCCUUAAAGACUGCGCAGAAAGAAUCAUAAUCCUGAAGAUUGUUCAUAGAAGAAUAAUUAACAGGUUUCACUCAUUUUUGUUAUUUAUGGGCCAUCCUCCCUAUGCGAUACGUGAAGUCAACAUCAAUAAGUUCUGCAAAACUAUUAGCGAAUUUGCUCUGGAAUACCGCACCACCAGGGAACGAGUUUUGCAGCAAAAACAGAAACGAGCUAACCACAGGGAAAGAAACAAGACCAGAGGGAAAAUGAUAACAGAUACUGAUGAAGAAGAGGAUGCUGAGUCCGGCAAGUUCUCCAGCAGCUCGCCCCCGUGCCAGAGCCAGCCCCAGGGGCUGCAGUACGCCGAAGACGCCGCGGAGCACGAGAACAUGAAGGCUGUGCUGAAGACCUCUUCUGUCGACGGGGAAAGCACCGCAGCGCUCGGGGUGCGCACUCGGAGCCGGGCCAGCCGAGGACGUAUCAGUUCAUGGAACGCUGGCAACGACGAUUCACCUAAUGCAACAGAUGACGCAGCGGAUGAGAUCAUGGAUCGCAUCGUGAAGUCUGCCACCCAAGUGCCAAGCCAGCGAGCGGUGCCUAGAGAGAGGAAGCGGUCACGAGCAAAUAGGAAGUCGUUGAGAAGGACACUAAAGAGCGGACUGACACCAGAAGAAGCCAAAGCACUGGGCCUCAUCAGCACCUCUGAGAUGCAGGUUUGACGUCCCAGAGGUGGCGACAAGAAGAGCCGUUCAUCUGAAGCACACAGGCUGACAACCCUCUGGUCUGGCAUUGACCUGCCAGCCUCCUCUGCUGCUCCCAACAUCCCGUCCUCUGUUAGUUCGAUUUUAAUAAGCAACAAAAAGCAAAACCCCACAGCCAGGGCAGAAGAAGGGUGUGCCACAGCUCAGCCCAACGUCCGGACAGUAACUGAGGAAGCGUUUGAGUGCUUGUAGGUGAAAGCAUAUGGCUGCUGCUUCUCAUGGUGUGGGUAGAAGGGGGCGUUCUCCAAGUUAUCUGUCAUUAUGUGAGCUGUGUUUACGUUGGCUUUCCUCAUGCCCUGUUUUGCUCAUUGUAAAUGUGUGGCAUUUUGUCAAUGCAAGGAACAGUCCUUAAAGAGGCAAAAUAACUCCUGUUACAGCAACCUUAAUUUUCCUGAAGAGGAUUCAUUAAGCAAAGACGCACAGUCUGUGCAACCUUGUGGUUUGUUGGGGUUUUUUUUAUUAUUUUGCCACCAAAGACUGUAAAAAUGUACAUGUACCUUUGUAUAUG